AUGGAGGAGGACCAGGAGCUGGAGAGGAAAGCAAUAGAAGAACUGCUUAAAGAGGCAAAACGUGGAAAAACAAGAGCAGAAACAAUGGGACCUAUGGGUUGGAUGAAGUGUCCUCUUGCUGGUACCAAUAAAAGAUUUCUCAUUAACACAAUUAAGAACACGCUCCCCUCGCAGAAAGAGCAAGAUCAUGAAGAAAAAGAGGGCGAUGAGGAACCUGCAAAGAGCCAGAACCAGAAAGAAGAAAGCCGGAAGAAGCACAGAGCCCACCCUUACAAGCACAGCUUCCGCGCUCGAGGCUCCGUCAGUCAUUCUCCCCCGAGGAAGCGGAGCAGCCAGGACAAAUAUGAAAAGCGGUCACACAAGCGAUGA